AUGGGUGAAAAUAGUCAAUCUACAAGUGAUGCCCCAUCUUCGGGUGCUAAUGCGGUAGUGAACUGGGGCGAUAAUGCCAAUAACUCGAAAACGAAUGAAAAUGUUGAUAUAAGUCUAUUAUACAUCACCACGGUUUUCCACGUCCACAUGCCUAAGCUUAGUUCCAAUAAUGUACCCGCGGUUCUUGGGAGUUGCGAAUCUUUAGGUAGAUGGGAUAAAGAAAAACCUCGAGUACUUCUUAAAAAUGUUGGGAAUACUCUUUGGAUAUCCGAUCCAGUUAAAAUUCCAAAUAAUGUCGAGGUGAAAUACAAGUACGCGAUAUUUUCCAAGGGUUAUAUUAAAAACACUUUAAAAUUUGAAGGUGAAGGAGAACAAGCUGACCGUUCGUUGGAACUUUAUGAAAAUCAUUAUGAUAUUUGGAGAGAUAAUUAUUUCGCAUACAAAAUUGAACCCGAGUUACUUAAAAAGGAAUAUGCAUUUGUCGGUUACAUAUACGAACAUAUUAGUGAUAACAAUUUGAAAGAUAAAUUAAUAGAAUAUCAGAGGAUUUUUGAAGAUCACAGGGAAUAUACAAGAUUGGCAACAAAUCUUGGCUUUAUUAAGGAUCGGGUGAUUGAUUGUAAUACAAAGGAAAAGCGUUACUUCUUAUUUCUACUUCUCGGCUAUUAUAUGAGUCAGACGGGAAAACGACAAUUUGAUAAUAUUCCAUUGCCUGCAGAUUUUCCUUCUGACACGCUAUUUGAAGUGCUUGAUGAUCUAAGCCUAAUCUCGGGAACAAAGAACUAUGUGAUUUUAUCCAUAAAAGCCCUAACUCAACAUAGUUCCAAGUAUGGGAGCUUUGAGUGGUUUAGAAUGUUUACCCUUGCGCCGGAACUUGAUGAGGAAUACACUUUCUUGGAAGUCAUAAUCAAUUACGAUUAUUCCAAGAACUCUGCUCGUUUUCAAAAGUCCCUGUUAGAUCAUGUGCAACCGCGCAUUUCUGAAAUAAAACAAAAAGAUGAUCUAAUUCGUCGGGUUGCAUCGAGAUUGUUGCAGUUGUCAUAUAAUCUGGAAAGUUUAUUUUUUAUAUUGAAUGAAGUUAUAGGAUUUGAUGAGCGUCUAAAGUUCAUAGUUGAAAAAAGAAUCAAUGAUUUUAUCAAGCAUGAUAGUCCUUUUCAAUUAUAUAAUCAUUUUCAAGAGGUUCGUAACGAGAGCCAAUUUGACAUAAAGAAGAUAUUUCGCGAGAGGCUCUUAAAAUACCUGCAGUAUCGGGGCGCACAAUGGGAGCAUCGCGAUGUCGAAUCUUUGAAUAACAUCCUUGAGGAGAAAAAUCUCAUUUGGCCAAUCGAGGAUCUCGUAAAAAUACUCGAGUGUGUAGCGUCCUCGGACCAAUUAUCAUUGUUGCAAAAUUAUCUCAUAAUCUUGAAAUUAGUAUUGGAUCAAGAUCAAGGCUUUAAGCCGUUCUUCAUAAAUAAAGCUUUGGCUACCACAUAUACGUGGCUUCCAAAGUUAACCGCACUUUUGGCGUCGAAAAGUAGAGCAUCGUCUGCACUAUCAAAAAACAUUGCAUUUAUUACAUUCCAAAAUUUUUCCUCGGUGUAUAAAAUGGUUGAAGAUUGGUCACAAAUUUGUGAAGAAUUGAAGAAAAUUGUGAACAACCAACUGGAUCCUCUAUCUGAUGAUCUCAUUUUCGGGAUGGCUUCUUCUGUCGAUGGUUUUGAACCUGACGUUAUAAGGCACUAUGUCGCAUUGGCAACGACUAGGCUAGAUCGCGAUGUGCAAGACGUCAACGAUCAACUAUUGAAGAAAAUAAUGCGCAUCUGUGACUCGAAAAAGAUGCUUGACAUAAAAAAUGAGGCCUGCGAAGAAUUACUUUAUCAUAUAUUCGAUUGUUUGCAAAAAAAUGCACCCGAAAGACCACACGCAGAGGAUACUUUUAAUACUCAGAUUUCAAUACUAGAAUCUUCAAAUUUCUGGAAGACCAUUUUCCUCUCAUCGGGAAAUACAGAAAGACUUCACUCACAUCCGUUCGUCCAAGAAACAAGAGAUAUCUUGACAAACUUGGCAAUGGAAAUUGCGGAAAAUACCAUAACCAUCGGAUUGCUAGAAGAUAUUUUUCGAAUUUUCGCAAAGGACGAAAAUCUUUUUAUCGAACUUGUCAACUCUGCAGUUGGAGAUCACGUUGAACUCACGAUAACCGAUAAUGCGCUUGACACACUUCGUCACAAAUGUGUCACCUACACCACGACAUUUUUCCGUCUGGACAGAUUUUACACGAAAUUUUGUUCCUCUAAACGGAUAAAUGAUUAUCAGAAAUAUAUAAUCGAUUUGCAAAAUCGAAAAGAGGUGAUGAACAAUACCACGGUUGAAAAUUCAUGUUCUGAUGAUCACUGGGGAAUGCACAGUGAAACAAUUCCGGCCGCGGAUGCAGCUUUCAAAUUUUUUGAAUCACGCACUUUCAGCAACAUUUAUAAGCUUACCUUGGAAUCAGAAACGCGCGAAUUAAAUGUUCAAGUUGUGGCACAAGAAAUCAUCAGAAAUGCUAUUGAUAAUUAUGAUAAAGCUUGUCAAAGAUAUGAUGAUUGGGAAAAACUUAAAUAUCCGGAAGUUCAACUUUUCUGGAGUAAAAUCAAACCCGAGCAAGUUGAUUCUGAGCUGAUAUUUUUGCUUUCAAAUUGCAACAUCGUCAAAGGCUCUAAGCGUGGAAAAAAGCUAACCACGACAGUUGAACACUUGGUAGUAAUCCCGGUGUGGAAUAAUCGACUGCAAGAACUGAUUGAGGCGCUAGAGAUUUUCGAAUAUCCCGUUGAUGAUAAAUUUUGGGCGAGUAAAUUAUUGCAAAAUUUAAAAGACAAUGAUUUGCUUCUUGAGAAAGUAAUCCUCAUAUUCAAAGAUCUGAGGUAUUCUUUAGACCUCAACAGGAUAUCGGAUAAGUCUUGGGAAGCCAUAAGUGAAAUUUCGGCAUCUCGAGAUUUUAUCAAAUUUCUCAAAUCUUUGGUUGGUCAUGACCUGAAAAAUUUAAUUAACGGUGUAGAUGAUCAUUCGGAUGAAAGAUUAAUGCAGGCAGAUACCGUGUCCACCUUUAUUCAAGUCAAAUCAAUCUUGGAACCGCUCCUAGUUAAAGGUUCUAAAGAUGUUUCUGGUCACUUGAUAAAUAUGUUCCUGUCGAAAUUUUUAAAGGUUACUGAGAGUAACCCUUUGUUGGCCAACAAAGUAAAGCUUUGUAACUCAAAUUACCAAGCAUUGAAGAACAUGUAUGAAAACCUCUCAAAACGUGGAGAGAUAACAAAACAACGAAUAAAGAAUUGUGUCGUAAAAGGAACGUACGAGUUCACGAAUUCGGAAACUGAAGAACAAAGAUGCACGGCGAAAUUAUCGUAUCAUAGCAACAAAUCUAAUAAAACUUUGACAACUUACAGCUUUGCUGACUUACAAGACUUGAGAGGACGUGCCCUUUUAAUUGCCAAGGCACCCGUUGAUCUUGCACUUCAAAUAAUUAACGUCGCAUCUACCUUGAUCGAACGACAUUUCACCUAUCGAAGAUUUGGUGCUUCAACCUCUUCUACAAAGGAUAUGGAAGAGCUACUCAAAAAUUUAACGGCUGAUCUACAGGAAUGGGACAAAAUUGUGAAUGUGGCACAGAAAGAACAUUACUACCUAACUUUUUAUCCGGCUCGUCACAUUUUAAGUUUUUAUGACUACUUCUUCUUUAAAGAUAAAGGGAAAGAAGAUGGUCGUAAGAUGGAAAUUAUCACGGAUACAUGUGAAAAGCUUUUACGAUUUGUGAGUGAUGAGGCAGAGCUGCCAUCUCUCGGGGAGUUCAGCGAUCAUAUUUCUCGUGAGGAUGACUUUUUGGAAAUUUUACAAAUGAUCGGGAACAUUUUAAAUCACAUGUUCAGCAAUGUUCCACCUCGAAGGCGGUUAAUCGCAAAGAAAGUCGAAAGAAUUACUUCUAAUGUGGUAAAACCGGGUCAGUUAUUCGUUGCUGCUUGCAACGAUAAAUUUAGCGUGCCUAAUAUCAUCAUGAGUUUAUUUUCAAACUAUGGCUACUAUCCGGAACCUUGGCAACUUUUAAUAUGCAAGGCGUCGACUAAAUUAGAGGAAUUGAUAACUUUCACAAAGCGGUGCUUCUUUGCUGUGAGGAAUGGAUACGAUAACCAUUUAUUUUGUAUUGCCAACGUCGAAAUUCUCGAAUUCGAACUCCAGUACCAGUUGGUGAACAACAUCCGUUCACUAUCCUUGUUGGAAAAAAAUUUUCACCUAGCCUUAAUAUGUUGUCGAGAAGCUGGAAUGCAUCAUCAUAUCCUCGAACAAUUCAGUCAAGAUGUUCAUUUCAUCACCAAAGGGCUAGGAGCGGAAUCCAUGAGUAAAAUCUAUCAGGAAUUGUGUCCUAAUGUGACAUGCGUUUCAUCGGAUUUGUCCGGUCAGGGUAAGACUGAAGUGAUAAGGGAAAUCAAUUAUCAGAAAGGAUGGACCCCGCGGAAUUUAUUGAUCAGUGAUGGCGUUAGGUUUGCAAUGCUCGUUCGUCAGUUGUCCGAGCUAAAACUCAAAAAAUUUGAGAGCCUCCAUCUGAACAUUGUAUUAAUAGAUCAUCCUUAUGAUGUGAAUAUGUUCCUGUUCGAGUUACUCAGUUUGGGGAUGACUUCUAACGGAAGCGACAUAGCAUGUUUACCGUCAACUGUAAUUUUUAUUGAGGUUGCUUCAACCUUGAAUCAAUAUCUUCUCAAUUCUCUUCCUCUAACUGGCUAUUUGCCAAGGCAUCAUAUUUCAUGGAACAUUAAUAAAUUGAUAGUAUCUCGACAGUACAAUAGUCCAAUUCAAAUAGUUUCAAGGUAUUUGGAUGCACACGACCGUGAUAUAAUUGACCAGGAUAAUAUACUUUUUGUCGAAUCACAAGAGGCUGAAACCCUUCUUCCUCCGAAACGCUGCCAACAAUUGCUUCAAAAAUACUUUUUUGAUAAGAAAACCAAAGACGUCGCAUCGUAUCGAUUCCUUGAAAUCUUUCUUGAUGUGUUCGCCGACCAAUUGGUUCGCAUGUCGAAUAGCACCUUCUUUCGAAUUAAAGAACUGAAAUCGAUGGUCAGAGACCAGAGUAUCAGGAAAACCUUGUUAGAAACGUUACUAUCCGUGUCCAUGGAAUUUUCCACGAGAUCAAUUGAUUCUAAAGCUGAACAAAUUAAAAAUUUAUCGGAUGACAUGAGUGCGACUCUUGGAACGAUUAAACCCUGGGAAGAUUCUAAUCAUUUGCUGGUGGUGUUUUUGUCACAAACUCCGGAUUCAAUAUGCGCGCUGUACAGGAGCAAAGACUUGGUGCCUGAAAACGUGGUAGGCUUGUUAAGAAGUCAACAUGUGGGAACUCGAAAUUUUUCAUUGGAGGAUUUUGAAAAUAUGUCUUCCGAAGACAUCAUAAGAAAGCUAGA